GUUAACCUGUCAAGAGAUCUUGCCCCUUUCUUAUCACAAGCCUGUUGUGUCUACUCUACUUUCUUAGUUAGUGGUUAUAGCUUUCUAACCUGAGAGCUUUUGUUUGAACCAAAUCUGUAAUUUCGUCCAAUUUAAUGAAAAUGGUUCAUCAAAAAGAAACGUUUUCUUUGUUUUCCUCUAAGCAACUUAACUGUGUUCAGGGACAAUACAAGUUUAUUUAAUAAUCUUUUUUAAAUUGGCUACAUGGCCCAUUUUAACAAGACUGAUGUAUAUUACAAAGGUAAUGGCCGUGUUAAUCCUCUUGGGGAUGACAGAUAUAUUUUAAAAGAAGUUGGAGUUCCAUAUGAUGGGGAUUUCUAUGAUGAAGCAGCAUUUUAUGUACAAAGAUCGAGCAUAAGCUGUGAAACAGAGACAAAUGGUUCAAUACAGAGUAACGUGUCACAGUUCAUAAGUAAUGUUGAAUCAAAUAUUUUUAAGACACAACUUGCUGGACAGAGAGGUGAAGAUGAGGCCGAUGUACCCUUGUUAAAUGGUGCGGAGACAUAUGGUCAAUAUCCAUCAGAGUUUCCUGUCGAUUAUUGUAAGGAGCCAAUGCCUGUUACCAAUGCUCAUGCUUGGAAGAAGUUGGUUGCUGCUACGACAAUGUGCUUAAUAUUUAUGGUUGUCGAGCUUGUCGGAGGAUACAUGGCAGGUAGUUUAGCCGUGAUGACUGACGCAGCACAUCUCUUAUCGGAUUGUGUAGGUUUCUUAGUUGGUUUGUUUGCUGUCUGGGUUUCUGGGCAACCGCCAACCCACCGAUUUACUUAUGGUUAUCAUCGAGCAGAGGUGUUGGGUGCACUACUGUCAAUCUCAGUAAUAUGGAUCUUAACCGGGAUAUUUAUAUAUCUUGCUGUAGAGCGCUUGGUCAAAUCUGAUUUUGAUAUCCAUGCCGACGCGAUGAUGGUUGUUGCAGCUAUUGGAAUUUGUAUUAAUAUAGUGAUGGGGUGUAUUCUUCACGGAAGCCAUGGUCACAGCCAUGGCAAUGGCAGCAUGCAUUUGGAGGAAAAUAUAAACGUGAGAGCUGCUGUGAUUCAUGUCCUAGGUGAUCUCAUUCAAAGUACUGGCGUUUUUAUUUCAGCUCUAGUCAUUAAAUUUUAUCCUUCCGCUAAAGUGAUCGACCCCGUUUGUACCUUCAUGUGUUGUGUCCUCGUGAUGUGUUCCACUGUGCCAGUGCUGAGGCAGAGUGUAUGGGUGCUUCUCGAAUGCACUCCUCCGCAUCUGGAAUAUUCUGAGGUUGAAAACGCCCUUUCUUCGCUCGAAGGUGUCAUUGGUGUUCAUGCUCUUCACUUGUGGGCGCUAACUCCUGGUCAAUAUGCUGCUACAGUUCAUUUAGCAGUUGGAAGUCAUGCUGACCGAGAUCGAGUCUUAGAAAGAGCUCAGACACUUCUUCACAACAAAUUCUCCCUGGCAAGAACUACCAUACAAGUGGAGAGGCAUAUCGGAGACAUUAUAGCUCAAUGACAGUAUAUUAACGACAUCAACAUAUGGCUUGUUUGAGAUCUGUUCGGCGACGAGGAGUUUCGCUAAGUGCACAAAUAUUUUAUUUGACUUCAUAAUAGAAAUAUAAUUAUCCGUAAAGAAAAGACAAAGAGACUUUAUUUAAAUAUAAUGCUCAACAAAGGGAAAUUUGUUUCAUGUUUUAUCAUAACUUCAUCAUUGUUUUAUUUACUCGUGAAUGAGUGAUUUUUGUAUUUUUGAGUUUUUAAUAAAUAAACAAUAUUUUUAUUUGUGUUAA